UUAUUAUUGUUUGGCUGUUACUCUUCAGACAUGUAUGUUUGGAAUAUCGUCGCAUUUCUGUGCUGUGUGAUUUUCGCUGUAGGGUUGACAGGAGGCAGGCGCAUGCGCAAGAGACGCGACACGUGUGAUCAGGGGACAUACCAGCAUGAGGGGAAUACUUGCUGCCUCUGUCCAAAAGGUUACCGGGUCUCGAGGGACUGCACAGACAAAAAUAUCACAGGUUGUAAUCUGUGUGAGUCUAACACCUAUUUGGACCACCCGAACAAUGAUUACAAUUGCCAGCCUUGUAAAAUAUGCGAUUCCAGCGCAAACAUGGAGGAGAAAGAGAGAUGUUCACCGUUCUCCAACACUGUCUGCCGGUGUAAGGAGGAUCAUUACUGUGACCAGGGUGACCAGUGCAGGAUCUGUAAGCCUUGUGACACGUGUGAGGAAGUGAAAACAAAAUGCACAGAAACCAACAAUACAGUGUGCAAAGAUGCAAAAGACACAUCGAUGUCAAAUGGCAUCUUAUGCAGUUUAAACACAAAGUACAGUACAGGGGGUGGUAAUGGACAAAUAUCAAUGGUUUCUUCUGUUCCAGGGGCCAUUGCAGCUGCUGUUUUGGUUCCGUUAUUCAUAAUCAUAAUCUGCAUGGUUCUCUUUUAUGUAUGGAAACAAAAAAAGGACAAAAAGAGCAGAGACAAAGUGCCUAAGGAACAGGUACCCCUGAAAGAUUUGGACCUGAACCCUCACCUGUUUGAAAUUGCUGAUCAUCUGGGCUGGAAAGUGAUGAAACGUGUUGCCCUGCACUGUGGCAUGACUAAAGCUUAUAUUGACAAUCACGAGUGUAACCACCCUAAUGAUGCGAGAGAACGGACCUAUGGACUUCUGCAGGAUUGGUCCCAGAAACAAGGUUUAUAUGAAGCCUACCCAGCUCUCAUCAGAACUCUUCAUGCCAUAAAGGAAAGAAGAACAGCAGAUGAGAUCAAGAAAAUUGUUGAGAAAGAACAGGCUGAAACUCAGCCAUAGACUGAACAAGAGAUGUACUUCAUUUUUAACAUUGUGUAUAGCACUUUACUGUGUCAAAUUUAAGUUAUAAAUAACAGCCAUAUUGUUAGUUUUAAGUUUCAUAUUGAGAAAUGUGUU